AUGGCUGCAGCGAUAGCCAGCUCCCUCAUACGGCAAAAAAGGCAAGCGAGGGAGCGGGAGAAGUCGAAUGCCUGCCGCUGCGUUAGCAGCCCCAGUAAAGUCAAGGGAAGCUGUGAGAAGCCCGGUCGGCUCAACGUCUUCUCAAGGGUCAAACUCUUUGGCUCCAAGAAGAGGCGAAGGAGACGACCAGAGCCCCAGCUAAAGGGGAUCGUGACAAAGCUGUACAGUCGACAAGGUUUCCACCUGCAGCUGCAGGCAGAUGGAACCAUUGAUGGAACGAAGGAGGAGGACAAUGGUUACACCGUGUUCAACCUCAUUCCAGUGGGGCUGCGAGUGGUGGCCAUCCAGGGGGUGCAAACCAAACUCUAUCUGGCUAUGAACAGUGAGGGCUACUUGUACACAUCGGAACACUUUACGCCAGAGUGCAAAUUCAAGGAGUCGGUGUUUGAGAACUAUUAUGUUACAUACUCCUCCAUGAUAUACCGGCAGCAGCAGUCGGGCAGGGGCUGGUACCUCGGUCUGAACAAGGAAGGAGAAAUCAUGAAGGGGAACCAUGUCAAGAAGAACAAGCCAGCAGCCCACUUCCUUCCCAAACCUCUCAAAGUUGCAAUGUACAGAGAGCCAUCCCUCCACGACCUGACAGAGUUCUCCCGGUCCGGCAGCGGCACACCCACCAAGAGUCGGAGUGCCUCCGCCGUGCUCAACGGAGGCAAAGCCGUGAGCCAGAAUGAGUCGACGUAG